UCGGCUUAUCAUGGCGGAUCGGACAGCUCCCGGCUGCCAGCUCCGGCUGGAGUGGGUGUAUGGGUACCGGGGUCACCAGUGCCGCAACAACCUGUACUACACGGCCGGCAAGGAGGUGGUCUACUUUGUGGCUGGGGUUGGGGUGGUAUACAACACCCGCGAGCACAGCCAAAAAUUCUUCUUGGGACACAACGACGACAUCAUCAGCCUUGCCUUACACCCAGAUAAAAGUCUGAUUGCAACUGGCCAAGUUGGGAAGGAGCCAUAUAUAUGCAUAUGGGAUUCCUAUAAUGUCCAGACUGUGUCUAUUCUUAAAGAUGUCCAUACACAUGGAGUUGCCUGUUUGGCUUUCGAUUCAGAUGGACAGCGUUUAGCCUCUGUGGGAUUAGAUGCCAAAAAUACAGUCUGCGUUUGGGACUGGAAGAAGGGAAAACUUCUGGCCUCAGCCACUGGCCAUUCUGACCGGAUUUUUGAUAUUUCCUGGGAUCCAUAUCAACCACAUAGAGUGGUUAGCUGUGGAGUGAAACAUAUAAAGUUUUGGACAUUAUGUGGAAAUGCCCUGACUGCAAAAAGGGGGAUAUUUGGCAAAACGGGAGAUCUUCAGACCAUCCUUUGUCUUGCAUGUGCCAAAGAAGACAUCACCUACUCUGGUGCUUUAAAUGGUGACAUUUAUGUCUGGAAAGGGCUCACUUUAGUGCGCACUAUUCAAGGAGCACAUAGUGCUGGAAUCUUUAGCAUGUAUGCUUGUGAAGAAGGCUUUGCCACUGGUGGGCGAGAUGGUUGUAUACGAUUAUGGGACACUGAUUUCAAACCAAUAACUAAAAUUGAUCUCAGGGAGACAGAACAAGGAUAUAAAGGUCUCUCUAUCCGGAGCGUGUGCUGGAAAGCAGAUCGCCUUCUAGCAGGAACCCAAGACAGUGAGAUCUUUGAAGUAAUCGUGCGAGAGCGGGACAAGCCAAUGCUCAUCCUUCAGGGCCACUGUGAGGGGGAGCUCUGGGCUCUGGCGUUGCACCCCAAGAAGCCUCUGGCUGUGACGGGCAGUGAUGACCGCUCUGUCAGGCUGUGGAGCCUGGCUGACCAUGCCUUGAUCGCCCGCUGCAACAUGGAGGAAGCAGUUCGCAGCGUCUCUUUCAGCCCUGAUGGAUCCCAGUUGGCACUGGGCAUGAAGGAUGGCUCUUUUAUCGUCCUCCGAGUCAGAGAUAUGACAGAAGUGGUUCAUAUCAAAGAUAGGAAAGAAGUCAUCCAUGAAAUGAAAUUUUCUCCAGAUGGUUCUUACCUUGCAGUAGGCUCCAAUGAUGGCCUGGUUGAUGUCUAUGCUGUGGCCCAGAGGUACAAGAAAAUAGGAGAAUGCAACAAGUCCCUGAGUUUCAUUACACACAUUGACUGGUCCUUGGAUAGUAAAUACCUGCAAACUAAUGAUGGUGCAGGAGAAAGAUUAUUCUACAAAAUGCCAUCUGGGAAGCCUUUAACAAGUAAGGAAGAAAUCAAAGGGAUCCCCUGGGCUUCCUGGACAUGUGUGAAAGGCCCUGAAGUGAGUGGAAUUUGGCCCAAAUAUACUGAGGUUAUUGAUAUCAACUCAGUAGAUGCAAAUUAUAGCAGCUCAGUGCUGGUGUCUGGAGAUGAUUUUGGAUUGGUCAAAUUGUUUAAAUUUCCUUGUCUCAAGAAAGGAGCCAAGUUUAGAAAAUAUGUGGGCCAUUCUGCACAUGUCACUAAUGUACGCUGGUCCCAUGACUUCCAGUGGGUGUUAAGCACAGGAGGGGCUGACCACUCCGUUUUUCAAUGGAGGUUUAUUCCAGAAGGUGUCAGCAACGGCGUAUUGGAAACCAUACCCCAGGAAGGUGGCACAGAUUCCUACAGUGAAGAAUCAGAUUCAGAUUUAUCAGAUGUGCCUGAGUUGGACUCUGAUAUUGAGCAGGAAACUCAAAUCAAUUAUGAUCGUCAGGUUUACAAAGAAGAUCUACCUCAGCUAAGGCAACAAAGUAAAGAGAAAAAACAUGCAGUGCCCUUCCUUAAGCGGGAGAAGGCUCCUGAUGACAGCUUAAAACUCCAGUUCAUACAUGGGUACAGAGGCUAUGACUGUAGAAACAACCUCUUCUACACGCAAACUGGAGAAGUGGUCUACCACAUUGCUGCAGUUGCCGUCGUGUAUAACAGGCAACAACAUUCCCAGAGGCUAUACCUAGGACAUGACGAUGACAUUCUCAGCCUGACCAUCCAUCCAGUGAAAGACUAUGUGGCUACUGGACAGGUUGGAAGAGAUGCUGCCAUUCAUGUGUGGGAUACCCAGACUUUAAAAUGUUUGUCAUUAUUGAAAGGACAGCACCAGAGAGGAGUGUGUGCACUCGAUUUUUCAGCUGAUGGAAAAUGUCUGGUGUCAGUUGGUUUAGACGAUUUUCACUGUAUUGUAUUUUGGGACUGGAAAAAGGGAGAAAAAAUAGCCACAACAAGAGGACAUAAAGAUAAGAUAUUUGUGGUAAAGUGUAACCCACACCAUGUUGACAAACUGGUUACAGUUGGAAUAAAGCAUAUCAAGUUCUGGCAACAAGCAGGUGGGGGCUUCACCUCAAAAAGAGGAAUUUUUGGAAGUGUUGGAAAACUGGAAACAAUGAUGUGUGUUUCCUAUGGGCGAAUGGAAGAUCUGGUGUUUUCUGGAGCAGCUACUGGAGAUAUUUUUAUCUGGAAAGAUGUUCUGCUUCUGAAGACAGUAAAAGCUCACGAUGGGCCUGUGUUUGCAAUGUAUGCAUUGGAUAAGGGCUUUGUGACAGGUGGAAAGGACGGAAUUGUGGAGCUCUGGGAUGAUAUGUUUGAACGAUGCUUGAAGACAUAUGCCAUCAAGAGGGCAACAUUGUCAACUAGUUCAAAAGGCCUGCUUUUGGAAGACAACCCUUCAAUUCGUGCCAUCACUCUGGGGCAUGGACAUAUCCUCGUGGGAACAAAAAAUGGAGAGAUUCUAGAAAUCGAUAAGAAUGGCCCAAUGACACUGCUUGUUCAGGGACACAUGGAAGGAGAAGUGUGGGGGCUGGCAGCUCACCCUCUCCUGCCCAUCUGUGCAACAGUGAGCGAUGACAAAACACUUCGGAUCUGGGAAUUGUCCUCCCAGCACCGUAUGCUGGCAGUACGGAAACUGAAAAAAGGUGGAAGAUGCUGUGCCUUCUCCCCAGAUGGGAAAGCCUUAGCAGUUGGUUUGAAUGAUGGAAGCUUCCUGGUGGUAAAUGCUGACACUGUGGAAGAUAUGGUCUCUUUCCAUCACAGAAAAGAAAUGAUCUCUGAUAUUAAGUUUUCAAAAGAUACAGGAAAAUACCUUGCUGUGGCAUCACAUGAUAACUUUGUGGACAUUUACAAUGUGCUUACAAGCAAGAGGGUUGGUAUCUGUAAAGGGGCUUCUAGUUACAUCACACAUAUUGACUGGGACUCAAGAGGAAAACUAUUGCAAGUUAAUUCAGGUGCCAAAGAACAACUGUUUUUUGAAGCUCCAAGGGGCAAAAGGCAUACAAUAAGACUUUCAGAGAUUGAGAAGAUAGAAUGGGACACAUGGACCUGUGUCCUGGGGCCUACCUGUGAAGGGAUCUGGCCAGCACACAGUGAUGUGACUGAUGUCAAUGCUGCCAGUCUUACCAAAGACUGCACCCUUUUAGCCACUGGAGAUGACUUUGGUUUUGUUAAGCUUUUUUCAUAUCCUGUCAAGGGACAGCAUGCAAGAUUCAAGAAGUACGUGGGUCACAGUGCACAUGUCACCAACGUGAGGUGGCUGCACAAUGACUCUGUGCUGCUCACAGUAGGAGGCGCUGACACAGCACUGAUGAUCUGGACCAGGGAGUUUGUGGGUACCCAGGAGAGCAAGCUGGUUGACAGUGAGGAGUCAGACACAGACAUAGACGAGGAUGGAGGUUAUGACAGUGAUGUUGCUAGAGAGAAGGCCAUUGACUACACUACCAAGAUCUACGCAGUGAGCAUCAGAGAAAUGGAAGGCACUAAACCACACCAGCAGCUGAAGGAAGUGUCCAUGGAAGAAAGAGGUGAAUCACCAAGGCAGGGAAUUGUCAAGGGAUCAAGGCCACCUGUUAGCCGAGCAGCUCCCCAACCUGAGAAACUCCAGAAGAACAACAUCACCAAAAAAAAGAAGUUGGUUGAGGAGCUGGCUCUGGACCAUGUGUUCGGCUACAGAGGAUUUGACUGUCGCAAUAACUUGCAUUACCUUAACGAUGGCGCUGACAUCAUCUUUCACACUGCGGCCACCAGCAUCGUGCAAAACCUCUCCACAGGCAGCCAGAGCUUCUACCUGGAGCACACAGAUGACAUCCUCUGCCUCACCGUGAACCAGCACCCCAAGUACAGAAAUGUGGUGGCCACCAGCCAGAUUGGUGAUGUCACGGAAACCUCAGGAACAACACCUUCCAUCCACAUCUGGGACGCCAUGACCAAGCUCACCCUUUCCAUGCUGCGGUGCUUCCACUCCAAGGGAGUGAAUUACAUCAACUUCAGUGCGACUGGGAAGCUCCUGGUAUCUGUGGGAGUGGACCCCGAACAUACCAUCACCGUCUGGCGAUGGCAGGAAGGUGCCAAGGUUGCCAGCAGAGGGGGUCACCUGGAGCGCAUAUUUGUGGUGGAAUUUCGCCCUGACUCAGACACACAGUUUGUAUCCGUUGGGGUCAAACACAUGAAGUUCUGGACCCUGGCAGGCAGUGCCCUGCUGUACAAGAAAGGAGUCAUCGGGUCCAUGGAGGCUGCCAAGAUGCAGACGAUGCUGUCCGUGGCUUUUGGUGCUAACAACCUCACUUUCACGGGUGCCAUCAAUGGAGAUGUCUAUGUGUGGAAGGAUCACUUUCUUAUCCGGCUAGUGGCCAAGGCUCACACAGGCCCUGUGUUCACGAUGUAUACCACCCUCCGGGACGGGCUUAUUGUGACUGGUGGUAAAGAGCGACCAACCAAAGAAGGAGGUGCUGUCAAACUGUGGGACCAAGAGAUGAAGCGCUGCCGGGCCUUCCAGCUGGAGACAGGGCGGUUGGUGGAGUGUGUGCGCUCCGUGUGCCGUGGCAAAGGGAAAAUUUUGGUAGGAACCAAAGAUGGAGAAAUAAUUGAAGUUGGUGAAAAAAAUGCUGCUUCCAACAUCCUGAUCGAUGGACACAUGGAGGGGGAGAUCUGGGGUCUAGCCACACACCCAUCCAAGGACGUCUUCAUCUCUGCCAGCAAUGACGGCACGGCACGGAUCUGGGACCUGACUGACAAGAAGCUGCUAAACAAGGUGAGCCUAGGCCACGCAGCCAGGUGCGCAGCCUACAGCCCUGAUGGGGAGAUGGUAGCCAUUGGCAUGAAGAAUGGAGAGUUCGUCAUCUUGUUGGUGAAUAGCCUUAAAGUUUGGGGGAAAAAACGAGAUCGAAAAUCUGCCAUCCAAGACAUCAGAAUCAGCCCAGACAACAGAUUCUUAGCCGUUGGUUCUUCUGAGCACACAGUUGACUUCUAUGACCUCACUCAGGGCACAAGUCUGAACCGCACUGGCUACUGCAAGGAUAUCCCAAGCUUUGUCAUUCAGAUGGAUUUUUCUGCAGACAGCAAAUAUAUUCAGGUGUCAACAGGAGCCUAUAAGCGCCAGGUGCAUGAGGUUCCCCUGGGGAAGCAGGUGACUGAAGCCAUGAUCAUUGAGAAGAUCACCUGGGCUUCCUGGACAAGCAUCCUGGGAGAUGAAGUCAUUGGAAUUUGGCCUCGAAAUGCAGACAAGGCUGAUGUCAACUGCGCAUGUGUGACCCAUGCUGGCUUGAACAUUGUCACAGGAGAUGAUUUUGGGCUGGUGAAGCUCUUUGAUUUUCCAUGCACAGAAAAAUUUGCCAAACAUAAGCGUUACUUUGGUCACUCAGCUCAUGUGACGAACAUCCGUUUCUCUUAUGAUGACAAGUAUGUGGUCAGCACUGGAGGAGACGACUGCAGUGUGUUUGUGUGGAGAUGUUUGUAAAAGCCAGAAGCAUUACAGCUCCUGCUGCUACUGUCUAGCAGCUACGGAGGGAGAGUGGAGGUGUCGGUUCACCACCAGCUGCUGGGAAAUGCCUAUGGCUGCAGGACACACAAGCUCCAAAGCUAGUCAAGUUAUAGGACUGUCUGCAGGCUCUCCACUCUCCAAGACUAGGAUGUCAAGACAGAAGGUAAAGUUCUACAAUGUCAAGACUGCUUGCCUAAGACUGACCACUAUAUCUGCUAACCCUACACUGACAAGGAAAUCCUAUCUGGUGAUGUAGCCCACUGACAAAACUUACCCCCUCAGUUACUCUAACCAAUAUGUAGCUUUUAAUUUGCAUCAAAACUUUUACAAAAGAUGUUUUACUAUUCUGUUUCUAUAAACUUCAAGAAUGUUCAUUUUUACAAAUAAAAGACAUUUAAGUUAGAUGCACCUACAUACAGAAAUAUUGAUAGCCUGUUCUCAACAUUUAGCUUUCAAAACCAAAUGAGCCAUGCAAAGUUGAGAAACUUAAUUUUUUAUGAUUUUAUUUGCAGUUUUAUAUCUAUUAAGUGCCUUUGAAAGUUCCCAGUUUUGUGGGCUGUGGUCUCACCUCCCAGAUUAUGUCCUUUCUACAUAUGGUGCUAAAACUUCUAAACUGAGGAGGGCUACAGUCUGUCAGCUAUGUCAUGUUUGUGUCAAGGCUUUCUAAGGAGACAUCAGUUAUCUGCUUGGGAGAUCAUGGUUACAGGGAAGGUGAGCAGCAAAGGAACUUAUAUUCAGCAGGGGAUAAAAUGAAUUUUCAUUAUGUUAGUGCCAAACCCAAACAGUUCAAAACAGAAUUCAAACAAAGCCACACAUGUAAAAAUCAAGUAUGUCCAAAUAAUGAGCUGGUUUGUCUUGCUUCAUCUUAAGAUUGCAGUGACCCCAACUGAGGCUGCGAUCUGGCUUACAACCCUAGAAUAGGGUGGCUCCACUCCACUAAUUUCAGAUGAAUGAUGUAGGUCAAAUCCAAAUUGAAGUAAAAUCUGUGUAGUGAAUUCCUAUGUGCAAGGGAUUUUUGAUGUGAGAAUUAAAUUUACCUUUGCAUUUCCUCACAGUUAGCUGUAUGACAGAAUGUGACUUGGACAAUUUUAACUGGAAGUCCCCGUAGUCUCGCAUGGAGCCAACCACUGACUGUGUGAGGGGCUGGCAGCCCUCACUAAACAGAAGGCUGGUGAGGGAAAGGGGCCUCUGGGCAGACACACUUGUCCUUCCAAUCAGUGCACUAAAAUUCUAGAUCUUGAGUUCCUGGCUGUCUGCAGUUGUCAGUUUAGAGAAUGGGUGGAAAGGAAGCAUUUUCAGUUAAAUAGAUUAACAUUUGCCAUGUAAGUACUUCAGCAUUUGAAAUGGAUUAGAGUACUCAUUAAGCUAUUUUUAUAUGCCAAUUUAUUAAUGCCUUACAUUAAUCCACUAAUAGGUUCAGCCUAUAGCAGAAUCCCUAUGCAGUCCUAAUUCUGUUUUCUGUAACUGGUGAUGCUGAGUGAUAACCACAUCUGCCUGUGCUGAACCACUACUUCUCAUUGUGACCCAACCAUGUAUUGAAAUAACCAUGUGGACAAACAAUGAAUUGAUCAAUGAUAUGUAUAAGUAUAGUUAAAGAGCAAUAGUGUCUGUGUCAGGACUUCUCUAAAGUCUUAUUU